AGAGAGAGAGGACUGUGCGCGUUCAGGCAGGACAGGAGGGCGCGCGGGACAUCAGCACACCGGCCGGGUCAAGAAGCUGCAAGGAUGGAGAUCCGACCAGACAGGUUUAAGGCGGUCGCUGGCAAAACUCUGGGAAAAAUUCACAGGCUGAUUGAGAAGCGGCAGCCCAAUGGAGAAACCAUUGAGUUAUCAGCAGAGGGCCGUCCUGAGCUGGUGGAAGAGAAGGAGCUGCCAGUGGUGGACUGUACCUGCUUUGGCUUGCCGAGGAGGUACAUCAUCGCCAUCCUGUCUGGCCUGGGAUUCUGCAUCUCAUUUGGCAUCAGGUGCAACCUGGGUGUGGCCAUUGUAAGCAUGGUCAAUGACCACACUGUCUACAAAGGCAACAAGGAAGUACUUGUGGCUGCACAGUUCACCUGGGACCCUGAGACAGUGGGGAUGAUCCAUGGCUCCUUCUUCUGGGGCUACAUCGUCACACAGAUCCCGGGUGGCUUUAUAUGUCAAAAAUUUGCGGCCAAUAGAGUGUUUGGCUUUGCCAUAGUGGCCACGUCCACCCUCAACAUGUUGAUUCCAUCUGCUGCUCGCUGCCAUUACAGCUGUGUCAUACUGGUCAGGAUAUGCCAGGGCCUUGUUGAGGGUGUAUCAUACCCAGCCUGCCAUGGGAUCUGGGCCAAGUGGGCACCUCCUCUUGAAAGAAGUCGAUUAGCCACAACAGCCUUCUGUGGAUCCUAUGCUGGGGCGGUGGUGGCUAUGCCUUUAGCUGGGAUACUGGUGCAAUACUCUGGAUGGCCUUCAGUAUUCUAUGUCUAUGGCAGCUUUGGGAUAUUCUGGUAUUUGUUCUGGAUUCUCGUGUCGUAUGAGAGUCCUGCAGCCCAUCCCACUAUCACACCAGAGGAGAGGAAGUACAUUGAGGAUGCAAUCGGAGAGUCUGCAUCAUUUCUUAAUCCUCUUCAUAAAUUUAAAACUCCAUGGAGACAGUUCUUCACAUCCAUGCCCGUCUAUGCCAUCAUUGUGGCCAACUUCUGCAGAAGCUGGACCUUCUACCUGCUGCUCAUCAGCCAGCCAGCCUACUUUGAAGAGGUCUUUGGCUUUGAGAUCAGCAAGGUGGGCAUGGUGUCAGCUCUGCCCCAUCUGGUGAUGACAAUUAUCGUGCCUAUUGGAGGCCAGUUGGCAGACUACCUAAGAAGCCACAACCUGAUGUCCACCACCAACGUCAGGAAGCUCAUGAACUGUGGAGGUUUUGGGAUGGAGGCCACUCUCCUGCUCGUGGUGGGAUACUCUCACUCAAAAGGUGUUGCCAUUUCCUUCUUGGUCCUCGCUGUAGGUUUCAGUGGAUUUGCUAUCUCAGGGUUUAAUGUCAAUCAUUUGGAUAUCGCUCCACGAUAUGCCAGCAUACUGAUGGGCAUCUCAAACGGGGUGGGAACAUUAUCUGGAAUGGUGUGUCCUCUUAUAGUGGGAGCCAUGACCAAACACAAGACACGUGAGGAGUGGCAGUAUGUCUUCCUUAUAGCUUCCCUCGUUCAUUAUGGAGGAGUGGUUUUCUAUGGACUCUUUGCAUCAGGAGAAAAGCAGGAUUGGGCGGACAUAGAGGACACCAGCGAGGAGAAGUGCGGUAUCAUUGAUGAGGAUGAACUGGCAAAUGAGACAGAGGAGCUCUACCGCGGAGGCGGGCAGUACGGAGCCAUGAGCCAACCAGCUGUUGGCUCCAAUGGAAGAGGGACUGGAGGAGGAGGGGCCGGUCCUGGAUGGGUGUCGGACUGGGAUAAAUCUGAGGAGUACGUGCAGCCGCCUGGAUACAACUCUUACAUGUAUGGUGGAGAAGAGGAGAAGGAGCUGACAUAGAAUAUCAACGUGAUACAAGUUUAAAUAAAAAAGAGAAACAAGAUAAAGAAAAGAGGAAGAUUGUUUUUGGGAAAGGGAUUGUAAGAGAGUCACUGCUAUACUGAAUGGACCUGCUCUGUGCUUUUGUACAAUAUUUACAAUUGCACAUAUAAAGUAUGGAUCUGAUUCAUUCCAGUGUAUGUGUGCGAGUGUGUGUUUGUUUGUGUGGGCGUGUGUGUGUAGCCAUGUGCAUGCAUGUGUUAGAGUGUUUAAUGUACACAAAUAUACAGUAUUCAUUUGCAGAAACUGAACCCAUACCCCAGACUACCUUCCUGGUCCUGAGCUUGUUGGAAUUAGUCAGGUCUUUUUCCACGACAUCACUGAGGAGAUUCUGGUGUGUGUGUGUGUGUGUGUGUGUGUGUGUGUGUGUGUGUGAUUUCUGCCUGUACAGCAACUCUCUCAAGCCACUGGCAUUGUGUGUGUAUUUAAAGUUUUAUGUGUAAGCCACACAUUUACUUUUUUUCUGGGAAAGCACCUUCAGUUUUGAGGCAUAAAACUUUUGAGCUUACAACAUUGUCUAAAUAUAAAAUGUAAUUUCUAUGUAAUUACUAUGUCACUCUUAAGGUUCUUAGACAUAACAUAAAUCAUUUUGGUCAUAUGAUAAAAUCAAUACAUGAACUACACUGGUGAUACAUCCAGUUAAUUUCUUGUUGCCACUGAAACAUUGUAUUAUUAAAGCAUGCAUGAUUAAAGUAUGCUUCAUGUGUUAGUCAACGUGGUUCAACAAGUCAGCAACUAUUCAAAGGGGAAAAAGUUGCUUAGAUGUUGUACCAGCCUGUGUUUGUGCAUACGUGUGUGCAUUUGAAUGUGUGUUUGAGCUUGUGCACAAAGCUGCAUGUAGUGUCUAGCUGAAUCUCACCUGGGUCUGACCUAACUAGGUCACGUCCAGCCAGGCUCCUGGGUCACAUGAGUAAUCAUCUGGCAUUUGUGACUUUCCAUUUGGUGUGUACACUCCCAUUAGAGAGGUGGCCCAGAAUGACAAGUAGAGUGUAACAGUUGCUUAACAGUUCCGCUGCUUAACCAGCGAGGAACAACAGUUCCCAGGCAUCACGGCACGUGCUGCCUCUGUUUCUGCCUUUUUCUGUGUCUCAGUGGCUGCCCCUUCCUCUGUCCUCUUCCCAGUAUUUAACAGGAUGUUUUCUGUCUUCUGUUGGUGCAGUUACCAUGUCCUUAGUACCUACACGUCAGUCAUGUUUGACUUGGUGGGUCAGAGCUUUUCAGAUUGUCUAUGUGUGUGUGUUUGUGUGACAGUGACAGUGAGUGUGUUGUUGUGUUGGGUGCAGGUGCUGAAACAUUGUGCGGUGAGCAUGUUUUAAUGAGCACAGCAGUGCAGUACCCCGCCAUCCCUCUCUUCCUUUUACACACAAACACACAGGAUGCUAAUUUCAUGCAAGCACAGUCAAGUACACCAUGCAGUGUGCGGAGGGAGUGGUGGCACACUAUUUGGUAUUUACAUGGCUGUCAUUGUGAGGCGCACCCAUGGAAACAAGGUGGGCUUAGGGAGAAUCCAUUAUCAUACAUUAUCAGAGGGUGUGUUAAGGUUUGGGAACAGUCAUGGUCAAUCACAUGAGUUCCUCUCAUGCCCUUUAGAAGCAACACACUCUUCAUCUUCAUACACUGACAGCUAGGUAACAGAGCGAAGAGUUGAGAGAUGCUUCUCCUGAGAGGACACUAACGUUCUCAUAAAGGAGGGCAACUGUUAUACUGUACAAGUUGCACAGUCCAACUCUUUGUGCCUGCACAUACAGUAGAUAGAGCCAGCAUACUCAGACAUGAAACAUCUACAUCCAUGCACACACACAACUUCCUCAUUUACACAAAUCAUGCCAACACAGUAAUGUUUUGAAAUUUUUGUUCAGUACAUUUGCUCAUUUUCAGAUCAGAUGAGAAAAAUGUCAUUUAAUUUAACUCAUAGAUGGUUUCUGGUUUUUGCUCACGUUUGUGAGAAAAAAAAAAUUACACUUGGAAUGUUAAAAAUAAUUUCUUCAUUUCUAAAAUAUGUUAUUUUAAAAAGUGAUGAUGGCAAAUUACCUUUUUGUUUUGAGUGAAAUGUCUAAAAGACAUGAAUGAUUAUUCCUGUGAACAAUUUCAUUUUUAAGUGUUGUAUUGGUGUAUUUUUAAUCAAGUUUCUCUUUGUCUCAGUUUAUAGCUGUUCCAAUGUUGUCCUCCUUCUUCUUGAUGAAAUGUGUGGUGGGAGUCAAUGUAAAAAUAAAAAAAGAGGAAACGAUCAUAUUUAAGAUUGCAAAAAUGUGGAAAGUAUUCAAUGUAUAAAAGAUGUAUAUGUGAGAUAUCCUUGUGUAUAAUAAAAUUUAAGCAAUUUAA